CGACUUACGCCAACGCGUCUCAAAUGAUCUACCGCUAGAUCACGCUUGCCCUGGCGCUUUGGAUCUGGGGACGAGCGCCGUAGUAUAAAGCUCACCCUUAGUCGUUCGGUGCGGACAUCAGCCCUACCCUCGAUCUCUCCAGCGCGCGACGUCUUGUCCGGGCGACGAAUCCAUGUCUAACAAAGACCACUGCGAGGAGUGCGACAAAUGGUUUGAGCGCAAGAAUAUGCCUCGACAUAGACGAACGCAUUCCUCACAGCAGACAGAACGCUUCCGCUGUGAUACAUGCCAAAAGACAUUCACUAGACAGGAUAACUUGCGGCAGCAUAAAUUACGACACGGCGGCAAGAACAUCCACUGCGAGGUGGAGGGGUGCUUUGCGGCCUUCAAGACGCCGAACGAUCUCUCGCAUCACCGCAAGGAAAAGCACCCAGAAGUCGCCGCCGAGCGCCGCUCGUCCUCGGCCCGACGCGGUAGACGCACCAGUGCGAAAACAUCGACUCCCACCACGCCGUCGACACCUGUCACCCCUGGCGCUGACAGUCCGAUUGCAUCGAGUUCCUCAGCGGGCUCCCCGCGCUCCCCUGGCGUCCGCUCACCCCAUUGUCCGCAGAGUGCCGCGGGCUACCUUCCGUACAAUGAAGGUGUCAACUCUACCUUCGGAGGCACGAACCAGGCGUCGGGAUCGCACUACGCCCCACAGGUGCCCCAUGGUCCCUUCGCCCCGGCCGGCACAGCUUCGUGGUACUCGUCAGGCCAGCCCACGACUGCUAUCGCGCCGUAUGCACAGUUCAACGGCCCCUUCGUCCACGCUUAUGGCACCAACAUCGCACCAUAUCCGGGUGAGGUGGCUUCUCCUCAGCCUCAGUAUCCCCCCGGGACCGUGCCACAGAUGGCGAGUUCGGCCUCCGCAGGACCAGUGAACCGGCAGGGGUAUCAACAGCAUGCUAAUGCAAUUCCCUAUGCGGCGCCGAUUCCUUCCUUCGCCGAAUACACGUCCCGAAGCGGGCACCACGGACAGAACCACCCCCUCCCACCAUACGAAUACACCGAAUAUCCGGGCGCCCCGCGUCGAUGACGGGUCCGUACUUCUUGGCGAUUGGCUACAUGAGGCUUGUCUACAUGCUAUCUGCGCUUUUUCGCAUCAAUUUCGUUCCCGCAAUUCCCUUCGUGC